AUGGGCGUGCUGCCUCGGCGUGGUGCUGGCGCGGCUCCCGAAUCAGGCGGCAGCAUGACCAGAACAGGCGGUGCCGGCGAGGGCGAAGAGGGAGAGGAGGAGCACAGCGAGCAUGCUGCGGCCCUGGAGCGUCGCAAGGACGAGACGGCAGAGGAGAAGCGGGCGCGCAAGGCGGCGGUGAAGGAGGCGCAGCGCGUGGCGAGGACGCAGAAGAAGGAGCUCAAGGGGAUGUUCAAGGAGGCAUUGGUGCAGGCGCAGCGGCGGGCGGCCACCGCGCAGCCGCAGGCCAGAAUCAAGCUGCCGUCGUGA